UCAUCUCUGCCGCGCCACAACCGAACGAACCCGCGCGCGCGUGUGGGACGGUCAGCGUCAGCAAACGUCCCCGAACCUGCAUGCUUGGCUCGGUCAUGGACUCACCCCCUCAUAAGUGAGCAUUAUGGAUUAGUGGAGGGGAGGCGACUGCAAAUCCCCACUGUUGUGCUGAUCUGGAUUUACAAGCUGGACAGAUAAAUUGUCAUUUGACUAUACUGUAGCUGGCGAAACGGGACUAUGGAUACGAACAUGCGCAAAUUUACCGUUAGAAGAUGGUUUUCCGUCUACCUUCGCAGAAAGUCGCGGUCCAAAAGCUCGAGUCUAUGCAAACUGGAGGAUGACAGCAUCUUAAAGGAGUUCGAUAUCAGCCAUCAUGUGAAAGAGGGCUUUGAGAAGGCAGACCCGUCACAGUUCGAGCUGCUCAAAGUGCUGGGUCAGGGCUCCUAUGGGAAGGUUUUCUUGGUGAGAAAAAUCAAAGGCUCAGAUACAGGACAACUCUAUGCCAUGAAGGUCUUAAAAAAGGCAACACUUAAAGUGCGGGACAGAGUAAGAUCCAAAAUGGAGCGAGAUAUUCUAGCAGAAGUGAAUCAUCCCUUCAUUGUCAAACUCCAUUAUGCCUUUCAGACAGAAGGAAAGCUGUACCUUAUAUUGGACUUUCUCAGAGGGGGAGAUCUUUUCACACGUCUCUCCAAAGAGGUAAUGUUUACAGAGGAAGAUGUGAAGUUCUAUCUGGCUGAGCUGGCUUUGGCUUUGGAUCAUCUUCAUAGUCUGGGCAUCAUCUACCGUGAUCUGAAACCAGAGAACAUUCUCCUUGAUGAAGAAGGCCACAUAAAGAUCACAGAUUUUGGCCUGAGCAAAGAGGCAAUCGACCAUGACAAACGAGCGUACUCGUUCUGUGGGACCAUUGAGUACAUGGCCCCAGAGGUGGUCAAUAGACGAGGUCACACUCAAAGUGCUGACUGGUGGUCCUUUGGAGUCUUAAUGUUUGAAAUGCUGACUGGAUCCCUGCCAUUUCAAGGCAAAGACCGCAAAGAGACCAUGGCACUUAUUCUCAAGGCAAAACUGGGCAUGCCGCAAUUCCUCAGCCCAGAAGUCCAGAGUUUAUUGAGGGCUCUCUUCAAAAGAAACCCAUCUAAUAGAUUAGGCGCAGGACCUGAUGGAGUGGAAGAAAUCAAACGCCACAUAUUUUUUGCAACCAUAGACUGGAAUAAGCUGUACAGACGAGAAAUCAAGCCUCCGUUCAAACCAGCAGUCGGCCGACCAGAGGACACCUUCCAUUUUGAUCCUGAGUUUACAUCUCGCACACCGACAGACUCACCCGGUGUUCCACCCAGCGCUAACGCUCACCAGCUCUUCCGUGGCUUCAGCUUUGUAGCCACUAACCUGGGUCAAGAGCAACCUUUGACUGAGACCAAGCAAAACUCUGUAAACCCCAUUGUACAGCAACUUCAUGGUAACAACAUUCAUUUCACUGACGGCUAUGAACUCAAGGAGGACAUCGGCAUUGGAGCGUAUUCGGUCUGCAAACGUUGUGUCCACAGAAUCACCAGUGUGGAGUAUGCUGUUAAAAUUAUUGACAGAUCAAAGAAAGACCCUUCUGAAGAGAUCGAGAUUCUUCUGCGAUAUGGCCAGCACCCAAACAUCAUUACUCUGAAAGAUGUCUAUGAUGAUGGCAAGUUUGUGUAUCUGGUGAUGGAGCUGAUGAGAGGAGGAGAGCUGCUGGACAGGAUCCUGCGUCAGAAGUGCUUUUCAGAGCGGGAGGCCUCAGCUGUGCUCUGCACUAUUACCAAGACUGUGGAAUAUUUGCAUUCGCAAGGGGUUGUGCAUCGAGAUUUAAAGCCUAGUAACAUCCUGUAUGUGGAUGAAACAGGCGAUCCAGAGUCUAUCAGGAUCUGUGAUUUUGGAUUUGCCAAACAGUUAAGGGCUGAAAAUGGUCUGCUCAUGACGCCGUGCUACACUGCGAACUUUGUGGCACCAGAGGUCCUUAAGAAACAAGGUUACGAUGCGGCCUGUGAUAUCUGGAGUCUGGGCAUCUUACUGUACACAAUGCUGGCAGGUUUCACGCCCUUUGCUAACGGCCCUGACGACACACCAGAGGAGAUCUUGGCUCGCAUUGGCAGUGGGAAAUUUGCCCUGUCAGGAGGCAACUGGGACACGGUGUCUGAAGCAGCUAAGGACAUUGUGACUAAAAUGCUACACGUGGACCCUCAUCAGCGGCUAACAGCACCACUUGUUCUCAGACAUGCCUGGAUCGUGAACCGGGAUCAGUUAUCUGAGAGUCAGCUGAUCAGACAGGAUGUGACACUGGUGAAGGGUGCGAUGGCUGCCACAUACUCUGCUUUAAAUCGAUCACCUCAGGCGCCGAAACUAGAACCAGUGCUGUCGUCCUGUCUGGCUCAAAGAAGAGGCAUGAAAAGACUCACAUCCACUCGUCUAUAGCGCUCCAGCCAGAGACACAAGCGAGCGUCUACAGCUUUAAGAAAUGUCACAGCGCCCAAGCUCUCGGACAAGGUACCAGAUGACCGCCAAAGCUUCGGGAGCACACUGAAAUCCAAUUGGGUUGACCACAGAGCGUCAGAGCCAAAUGAUCUGCCAAGUGUCUUCGCUGAUGUGGUGAUUGAUGAGGGCCAGACGCAAACAUCACAGCUGUCAAGGCUCAAAAAACAGAUCUUUCAGAGCGUGAAGCUGGAGUAUCCUGUUUUAAUGGUUCAUAGCAAAGACGACAGCUACUGUAUGGUUCCCAGACUAUGUGGAUGGAAUCCCAUAACGCACUUGGAUGGAAAGCCAGUGGUUUGUACAAGCAGACACUUCAUUUAGAGCCAUGUAGAAGAUAACGGAAGAUGCUUUGACCUAUCAUGGUGCAAAUGCUGUACCUUGAAGCUAUACGCGCCAGCACUAUUAGCAUCUUCUCAACACGCAUGCCAUGUAUAGUAUGUAUUUUUAUGACUAACAAACGGUUUUAAAAUGCAAACGAAAGCACAAAGAAAUCUAGUGUGUCAUGUAUUUUCUCUCUCUCUGUUCUACUAGUAACAACAUUUCGAGUUUAUUGGUUUUAUGUAAUGCUGAGACUUUAUACAAACAGUUGUUUUAA